AAAAUGCUUAUAAUAGAAAAGAUUGCCAUGCUGGAAUGCGUUUCGGAUUGAAUAUUCUAUAAUUAAACUUUAUUAUCUGUAUAAACAAAAAAGUUGAAGUGUCUCUCAGCGUGAGUAACGAUGUGGACGGGAGAUAUAUACCAGACAUUACUUAUCGAUUUCUAAAAUAGGAAAGACUUCUUUUUUGGAUGAACGCAUGCGUGCAGUGAAUCUCCGCACUUUAUUACUAUUCUUAACUUAUAUAAGAAGCGAUAGUAUGGUCCUAGUUUUGUAUCUCAUCGACCGGACAUGUCGGCUAAUAACGUUGCCAUUCGAGGGAUAAGAAGAAGAAAAUCCACAAUUUCCGAAAUUAAAAUCGCCGUUUUCGGUUCCGAAGGAGUAGGAAAAAGUGCUCUAAUUGUUCGUUUUUUGACUAAAAGAUUCAUUGGUGAAUACGACCAUCAAACAGAAAAUAUUUACAGGAGCGAGUUACUUUUGGACGGUGAUCCCGUACUUUUGGAAAUUCUAGACACGUGUCCUAAUAAAGAAGAUCCAAUACCGACAGAGGAAACCAUCAAUUGGGCAGAUGGUUACAUGCUAGUGUACUCGGUCACGGAUCGCUCUAGUUUCGACUACGUGAGAAACAUCAGGGACCACCUGUACUCUCUCGGAUUGGGAGGGAUACCGCUCAUGAUUCUAGCAAAUAAAAAAGAUUUGGUUCACAUGAGACAAGUCAGCUGCGAAGAAGGAGAAAUACUGGUGAAGGAUUCGGAAGAUUCUUUUGUGGAAGUGGCAGCUUCAGAACAAGUGACGCAGAUUACAAGGGUGUUUUAUAACCUGUGUCACAGCGUGCAUACCUAUCGAAGAAGGUCCAAACAAUCACUCUUAGAUCGCAUGUUGGGCAACAAGAACCAUGCAAAAAUAGAAGGAGGAAAGAAAUAAAUGCUCGACGGAAGUGAAAGUUUGACCUUUCUCUUCUACUUCCUGUUUCUUCCAUAUUUUAAAAAUUUUAAAACGUCUCCACAUGAAAUAUUACUGGAUUAAAAUUCGGGCAACAUAUUCUCAUUAUUGCAACAAAAGAGCUCAGAAUGGUCUUUUCCACCCUGUGGGCCACUUUCAAAAGUCCCGAGGUCCGAGCUGUGGUCGUUGCUCUUUGUUAAAGACUCCCUAGAGAUGAAGAGAAUUUGGAGGAACUUCUGUCAAGAGCUAACUCACCCCGUUUCGUUUUUACGUUUUCUUAAUCCGGAUUUCGGCCACCGGGAGAGAAAAUUUGACCACUAAUCCUCCAGAGAGGGAGGCAAUUGUAAAUUUUGUUUCCGCCUUUUUCGAAUCGUUAUCCAAUAUGGCGUCGAUCUACGGUAUUGACGCACUAAAGAAUCCGAUUAAUAUGAAUGAGAAAUAAUUCAUUACAAAUUCAUUAAUAGGAGAAUGUAGUGUAUAAGUAAAUUGUUUAGGAAUUUGAGGUGUGCUCCUCGUUUCCGACCGAAUUCUGUUGAUGUUUCUGAUAACGAUAGCGGAAGCGACUGUCAAAAUCGUUAUAGACAAGCGAGGACGGUAUGACGCGAUGCUUUAGGUGUUUUGUGAGACUUACCCGAAUUGAAGGGAAGAAUGGUCCAUCUCAGCAGACGUUUCCACGCCCAAAAUCCUGCCAAAAUUGGGAAAAAUGCGAGAAAGGAACUAAAUAAGUCGUCCAUGUUCGAACCGGAAAACAUGUCUCCAUUUAUCUAUCAACCGGUAAGUUUAUCCCUACGAUAAAUAUAGAUUGCGACCUACACUAGGUCGACUACCGCUCACUAUCGUCUCUUUAACGUAUACGAAAGCUAACAAUUUCAUAGAAAACAGUAUCGUUCGCAAUUUCUCGAAGCGCGCGUCGAGAAAGGAGACGCGACGCGCAUUUUCUUAUUACUACAAAUGAAAACUU